AUGGCAGACCCCAAGGAUCUGAAAAUUGCCAUUAUUGGCGCAGGAAUGGGCGGCUUGGGUUGCGCCCUUGCAUUGGCCAAGAAGGGAUUCAAGCACAUCGAUGUCUAUGAGACGGCCUCCAACCUCGGCUUCGUCGGCGCCGGCAUUCAGAUGCCGCCAAACGUCGUCCGCGUACUCGAUCGCCUAGGCUGCUGGCCUGAGAUCGAGAAGACGUGUACAGACGUGAAGAGUUCAAGCAUUCGACAGGGCGCCACCAAUGUUGAGCUCGCCCAUGUCGAGAUGCCCGACAUUCGGAAUUUGUACGGCUUCCCGCACUGCAACGGCCACCGCUCCUCCCUUGCCGGUGGCAUGUACGACGCCUGUAAGAAGGAGUCCGCCAUCACAUUCCACUUCGCGACGGCACUACUAUCGGUCGAAUCCUUUGCGCCCAAGCCAAAGUUCGUGCUGCAGCCGCGCGACGGCGAGUCCUACGCAGUCGAGUCCGACGUUCUCAUCGCUUGCGACGGCAUCAAGAGCAUCAUUCGCGCCCAACUGCUUGAGUCUAUCGGCGCCGUCGGUGGGGAAGAGGAUACGGGCCAGGCUGCCUACCGCAUCAUGCUCAAGCGUGAGCAGAUCGCUGAUGACCCAGAACUCCUCGCCCUCCUCGACUCGGACGAGGUAAUCCGCUGGAUCGGCGAGAAGCGCCACAUCAUCGCCUACCCCGUCUCCUCGCACACAAUCUACAACCUCUCCACCACCCAGCCUGACUCCAACUUUGCCGUCGCCACGAACGCAACCUACACCACAAAGGGCUCCAAAAAGGCCAUGCUCGACGUCUUCCAUGACUUCUGCCCCCUCGUCCACCGCAUGCUCAACCUUGUACCGGACGGCGAGGUCUGCGAGUGGCGCCUACGCAUGCACAAGCCCUUACCGACCUGGGUUCACACCGACGGGCCUGUCGCUCUUCUCGGUGACGCCUGCCAUCCAACCCUCCCGCACCUGAGCCAGGGCGCCGCCAUGGCCAUCGAAGAUGGUUCCGUCGUCGCCGAGGUCCUCGCCCGCGCGCCCGACACGUCUCCCGCGACGCUCCGGCGCUGCCUCAAAGCCUACGAGCUCUCCCGGCGCGACUGGACCUCGCAGCUCGUCAACAUGGCCUUCCUCUCGGGCAAGCAGCUGCACCUCGGUGAGGGCAAAGCCAAGGAGGAGCGCGAUCGCAUGUUUGCCGAGUCCAAGCAGACCGGCGCUGUGCCGGAUAAGUGGGCCUCGCCCGACGUGCAAAAGAUGAUUUAUACAAAUGACUGCGUGGCCAACAUCCAAAGAGACUUUGACGAGUUCUUCAGUAGCGUAGCAUAG